AUGAAUUCAGUAUUUCAACAUAUUCGAACAUUUCUAGAACAACAACCAGUUGUGGCUCGAGGUUUAGAGGUAAAUAGUUCGGUUCAUUUUUGAAAUAAGAAAAACCUCAUCUCAUUUUGUUUUGCAGAAAUCAAGUAGCCCAAAUAUUUUGUAUUCUCAACUUCCAAAACAUUGGCGUUCGAAUAAAUCAUUUCAAGAUCAAUUUAUUGUUGUUUUACUCACACCAGUUCCUGAUAAUACUGAAGGUAAUAAUUUUUUUGAAAUUCUGAAAAAUUCCAAAAUUAUUUGCAGUGUCAAUUUGGGCGGGAAAUGAUGAAGCGCCAUGCGGCGAAAUUCGAAACGAAAAAGCUCGAGUACAUCGUCAAAUUGCCAAGUUUAAUGAUCUACGUUUUGUCGGAAGAUCGGGUCGAGGUAAGUGCGCCAAUAAAAAUGGGAGCCAGCAAGGUGUAAUACACUUAUCUUGUGUUGGCGCAUUCUUUUGAUCAAAUACCGCCGACAAGGUGUUUUUUAUUUUAUUCUUGCAGGUCGUCGUUUUCAUUUAACAAUUGUUAUACAUUCAAAUCCAAUGAUGGUUGCAACUGCAAAAAAUGUGAUAAAAGUUACUGUAGAUGGACCGAGAGAAGCAAGAAUUCCAAAACAAUGUAGUUCAUCUUCAACUUCUUCUUUGCCUUCUUCAUCUUCAAAUAUAAAACACAUGGAAAUAACACAACAUCCAAUUAUUCCACCAAUUCUAGCCCCUCAAUUUUGGCCGUUUCCAGUUAUUCCAGGAAUUAUGCCAUCAAUAUUCCCUUUUCAAUUACCAACAACAAUUGGGACUAAAAGAAAAUUGGAAUCUGAUCAGGAAAAUGGUAAUUUCUUUCAAAAAACACAAUAUUAAAUUUUAAUAUUGAUUUUUUGCAGAAUGUUUGAAUACUUCAUCAUUUUCAACAUCUUCUCCACCGAAUGCUUCAAGUUCAUCUUCAAAUAAUACAACUUUGUCAAGUAACACAUCUCUAUCUCCAUCUUCAAUUUCUUUAAUUCAACAAACAACUCCGUCUGUUAAAAGAAAACGAAAUGAAUCAACAACAUCUUCAAAUGGAUCAUCGCCAACAAUUUGGAGACCAUUUUAA